AUUUUAUAUUAAAAAUGCGUGGAUCAUUAAUAUCUGCACCCUAUUUGCAUUAUUUAGUGAAAAAUAAAUCCAAAAUAAAAAUUGUUAAUGUAAUCAUGACAGAUCAUCAUCAUAAUAAAGAAGAAAACAAUAAAUUUGUUCAUGCUCAUAGAAUUACCUUAGAUUAAUAAACUCUUAAUUUAAUCGAUAUUACAGCAACUCCAGUUCCAGUACCUCGUAAAUUGCCAACUCAAAAGACUUUUGAGAAAUAUAUAUAGGAUAAUUAGUAUGAUCAUUUGACUCCUAUUGUAUUUUUUGAUGAACAUAUUCACUUUGCUGCUAGAGCUUGGUUUACAUUUAGAUAUUUUGGAUUCAAAAGAGUUUAUGUGUUAGAUGGUGGAUUUAAUAAAUGGCAUCAUUAACAUGACAUUGAUAAAAAUGAUUGCAAAAUUUUUGAGGAUUUGAAUUUGUGUAUGAUUAGUGUUUAUUUAAAGAGGAUUAACCAAAGGAUUAAGUUACUUAAUUGACAACAAAGGAUGUGUCUGUGAUAUCUUAUCUUAAAUAACAUAAAGACCCAAAAGGUGAUGAUUGGCUGCUUUUAGAUGCAAGAGAUUCACCUAGGUUUAAAAAGGGAUCUAUACCUGGAUCAUACAAUCUGCCUUUUUCAGAAUAUUUGAAUGAUGAUCACACUAUGAAAUCUACAGAAAAUUUACAUAAAUUAUACAGAAAUCAUUAAAUUGAUAUAAGCAAAAAGAUUGUUAAUACUUGUCAAACAGGAAAAUUAAGUUGCAUUGCACUUCUGGCAUAAGAAAUUAUGAAGAAAAAAGAGUAUAUAAAAAAUAAUAUAAUUAGAUUACUUUUAUUUGAUGGAUCUUAUGAAGAGUGGAAUCAUGAACAUCCUACAAAAUAAUGAAGCAUAC